GUAUUCAUUGCUAUCGGGAUGUUAAGAGCAUUCCAUGGAAUAUAACAAAAAGUGUAUCUCGAGCCGGUUUCUCAAACUUACCUUUAACAUGUUCUGUUUCAGUGAAUAAAGAGAGAAAGGAUCACUUCUCCCCAAAAAUGGCACAAAGGACGUUUCCUGAAAGUGGACAAGAUGGACGCUCAGUCCUGGGGAUGUUGUCAGUGCAGGUGGAGAGAGACCCUAAGACCGGGGCCACCGUUAUUCGCUCCGUGGCCCCCCUGUCCUCGCCGUCCGGAGCGACCACCACCGUGUUCGACGACGGCAGGAAGAGCAUCCACGCUGUCGGAGGAUCGGGAAACCAACCCUCGUCCGAAGAGCUCGGGCAGAUCUUGAGUAUCGUGGACGGAGUUGGGAUGAGAGUCCUGCUGGACGAAGUCACGGUCACGCCAGAGGAGGUAAAGAUGAAGACUGAAGACGCUAACAAAGCUCCGAAGGGAAAAUUAUUGUCUGUUUUUAGCCGUCAAAACGAGGAAGAGACGCCGCAAGACACCUCGAGAAGCUACGAGUUUGAUCUGAAGACACAGGAAUGUUCUGGAAACAAAGAAGUGGACAGAAGCAACACGUUUGAUCUGAAGACACAGGAAUGUUCUGGAAACAAAGACGUGGACAGAAGCAACACGUUUGAUCUGAAGACACAGGAAUGUUCUGGAAACAAAGAAGUGGACAGAAGCAACAUGGCGGUACGAGACAUUCCCGGAGAAGUCGAUAACGUGGAGGAUCUGAAUCUAGAAGAAGGCCCGGUUACUUUGGUGUUUAUGGGAUACUCUGACCAAAGCCAAGAGGAAGACGAAGGUCCGAUCACCGUGGAGCGAGUGAUGAUCAACGAGGAAGGGGAAGAAACCGUCUUAGGACCCCAAACGCCCCGAAAAGAGUCCAAAGAGUUUCAGGACAUUCCCCUGGAUGGAAACGGAGCGAAAGUCCAAGGAGAGGAAGCCGAUGAGGGGCUGCAUAAUUCAUCUUCCCCCAAUGUAGCAGAAGGUGGAGGCACUCCCAAGCGUAAGAGCUGUCAGUGCUGCUCCGUCAUGUGAGGGGGGAUGAUGGAAGAGAGAGACUCACCUCAUCAGCCUUAAUCGUAUCAUUUGUCAUAAUCGUGACUUCCAUUACACACUACAUGCUGCCUAAAUGACUGAUCUGAGAGAGCAGACCACCACCUGGUGUAGUCUGACAAUGGUUUGGGCUCUGAGCACCCAUCACUUUACUUCACUUUGCCAAAGAAAGACAUGUAUCAUGUUGUAGCAGCUCUGAGAGACUUUUUAAAUCCACUUCCUCCCUCUGGUGGACAAACCUGAGAACUUCAACAUGACAUUUUCUCAUUUAAAUAUCUCUGGGACUUGUUGGUGCCGAAUUAUCAGCUAAAAUAUAACAUAUUUGCUCUAUAAAUGAAAACAAAUGCUUUUUUGCUGUAAACAUGGUGUGGUUCAAUGUGUAUACUUUGACAUGUAUUUGCAAAUGAGAAACAUUGGUAAUAUAUUCAGAUUCUUUUUGAAAUUGUACCUUUUUCUUACCCAGUACUCCGGGCUACAGCUUCCACAUAGGGCACGAACAAUGUUUCUAAAGUGUGUUGUUUUUAAAAAUCCUAAGGAGGGAAUUGCAUAAUCAUUUCACACUGUUGUUGUGGAUGUAUUGUGUAAAAAUCUUGCUAAAAGGUAAUAUUUUUGGGACUAAAUACUAGUUUUCUUUGGGAAAAUAACACUCACACAAAAGUAAAACCUUUUCCCAGAAGGUACUGCAUUUUUUAAUUAGACUAUUUUAGACUUCAAAGAUUGUAAUAAUCAGAUUUGUUAUUUUUCAAUCAAAUUUGCCAAAUGUAAGAAGAUGUUUUCUUAAAGACUUUGUGUCCUGGUCAUUGCCGGUGUGGGCACUGGAGGAGACUCAUCCCCAUUUCACAACUCUUGUC